CAAAUCACUUGACUGUUAACUGUCAAAUCUCAAAUGUCAUAAAGAUUCUGUUAGGAACUAAUUUUCUGUGGCAAUCGAUAGUGUUCUGCAAUAGAGAAAAGUUUCUUUCCAGUCCAUUCACAAUGUCGGACGCUCCCGCUCGCCCCAUGAAAUACCCCUACACAUUCAGCGCCAAGAUCGCACAGUUCCCCUUAAAGUUCUACCUUCAGAACCAGUGGAUCUGGCGCUACUGGUUCAUUGGGAUCGCCGUCGCCACGCCCGUCUUCUACAAGAUCCACAAAAUGGCCAACUCUCCUGCGAACGUCAGCAAAUGGGCCGAGAUAAAGAAGAAGGAAGCCGCAGAACACCACUGAUAUUCUAGAUAAACAGUUCAAUCAAAUAUAUUUAUAUAUAAGUAUGAAUAAAAUGUCAUAGUUACAAC